CCUCGCCCUCCGUCUCCCGCUCCCAGCUCAUCAUCACCGCUCCCGUUCCUCUCCCCUCCGUCCUCCCUCCUCCCUCAACCUAUCCCCUUGCCCUCCACUUCCUCUCCUCUGCACUCUCCCCCUCCCCUCCCCCACUCUCCCGCUCCCCUUUCCCUUCCCCCCUUCCUGUCCUCUCCU